GACUGACAUAGGUCCAUCAUCACAAUGGUCUAGCUUAGCUUAUCCACCUCACUACCUGAGCACCUUUCUUCAGUGCUGCUCUUGCCAUGAUCAGCACCACUGGGAAGACAACCAAAAGGAUGGUGUACUAACCCCAUGCUUAACACCUUUUCUAAUAAUGGUUCUGCUAGGAGAGAAGAUUCCCAAAAGCUGCCUCUCCAUCAGCGAGUACUACCAGAAUGUUCUAGCUGCCAUCCUACUCUUGUUGGGCCUUUUUGCCUUACUGGAUAAUACCAUCAAAACUGUCCUCCUGAUCUGGAUUUACCUGUGUCAGUUUCUGAAAAGAAUCUCCCAGUAUUUCGUCACCAAAGCAUACAGAUGGAUCAAAGCACUAACAGCUAUUUCCUGCAACAAGAAAUCCAGCACUUGGAAGGAAGUGGUACUGAACAAAGGCCACAAGAACGUCUCCAUGUUGCGCUUUCACUGCACUCUUGAUCCUCUGAGGCUAACCGUAAACAUGAACAACCUAACUGGUCUGAAAAGCCACUGUCCCCAGGAUCACAGGAAGGACAAGAGUUACCAUGGUUCCUGGCCAACCCAUCAGGACACUGAUGAUGAGAAAGCCAGUUGGUAUGGGCACCAGCAGCAACACCGUCAGGCAAACAACCGGCCUAACCAAGCUCAGCAUUACCAAGACUGGGAGAGCCAGUCCAGCUCCCAUCACUCAGACAGUGACAGUCCCCAGCCAGCGUGCCCAGCUGGAUCCACUGUGUCAUCAGUGCAUUUUCACACUAGGUCCCCAGAGCACGUUGCCAAGGCCAGAGGCAGCUUGGUUGACUGGGGCAUUUACAUACGCAACCCCCAGAGGGCCACUGGGGAUAAAGAGCUCCACCUGAACAGUGCAGGAGAAACUAUGCGAGGGCAGAGUUUCCUGCACCAAUCUGCUGUUCCCAGCACAGAGGAACCCAUUGGCCUCCAUUCAGAGUGCUCUGCUGUUCACGUUCAUCCCCAAGUCAGUGAGGCACACUUCAUCCCCAGCCCAAUCCUCCCAGGCCCCAAGCGGGUAGUGUACUCUGCCCUGACUCCCACCCCAGAGUCGAGAACUUGUCUCAACAAUGAUUAUCCCCACUCCGUGCCUCAGGCACGUCAGAGGAAUCCUGAGCACCAUCCUAGGACCGAAUUUCACCAGAGCUUGCCACAGGCUCCACGAGCCGAAGUUUACAUCUAUCUCGUCAACCCACAGCCUUUCGGCUCAGAGCACACCCCUGAACAGACCUCCCGCCCCUUCUCGGCAUCUCGCACCAUCUUGGUCAAGGACACAUUGGCAAAACGGGUAUCUGUUGGCCACACCUGGGAAAGUUCCAACCAACGCCCAAGAGGGCAGGUUCUUUGUGACACCCACCCACAACGCAAGAGUAUCUGGGAGAGAAAACACCAAACGAGCACUCUGCAGCUGAGCCCAGACUAUGAGAAGCUGGCAGGAAGCAGUGAUGGCGCCAGCUUAAUCCACAAUACACCUCUCCUGGCAGACAUGACAAGAGGAGGUUCUGAUACAGCACCACCUACCAUUAACAAGUGAAGGUGCCAUCUAACUGGAAUUACCACCCAGCCGACUUAAAUUUCUGGCAUCGAUAGGAUUCCGAUGCCUGGUUUACCCAAAGGGACCUGAACUACCUGGGAGGGAAUAGCACAAAAGGCAUUCUCUGCUAUUCUGUGGUGCUCUCAGGACACGCUGGGUUCAAUAAAUAGCAAAGCACCAA